GGGGCGUGGCCUUCCUCCGACCUGCUCUGGUCCAACAUGGCUCCGCGGUUGUGCAUCAUCUCUGCAGCGGCACGGCGGCUGCUGGGGAAGCCGGGACCCCGCGCUGGGGACCUCGCCGCUGCGGCUGCUGUGCGCUUCUAUUCCAAGGACAGUGAAGGCAGCUGGUUCCGCUCCCUCUUUGUUCACAAGGUGGAUCCUCGGAAGGAUGCCCACUCCACGCUGCUGUCUAAGAAGGAGACUAGUAAUCUCUACAAGAUCCAAUUUCACAAUGUGAAGCCCGAAUAUCUGGAUGCCUACAACAGUCUGACGGAGGCUGUGCUGCCCAAGCUGCACCUGGAUGAGGACUACCCCUGCUCGCUUGUGGGCAACUGGAACACGUGGUAUGGGGAGCAGGACCAGGCAGUGCACCUAUGGAGGUUCUCAGGUGGCUAUCCAGCCCUCAUGGACUGCAUGAACAAGCUAAAAAACAACAAGGAGUACCUGGAGUUCCGGAAGGAACGGAGCAAGAUGCUGCUGUCCAGGAGAAACCAGUUGCUUCUGGAGUUCAGCUUCUGGAACGAGCCACAGCCCAGAGCUGGCCCCCACAUCUAUGAGCUGAGGACAUACAAGCUCAAGCCAGGAACCAUGAUUGAGUGGGGAAACAACUGGGCUCGAGCCAUCAAGUACCGUCAAGAGAACCAGGAGGCAGUGGGAGGCUUCUUUUCACAAAUAGGAGAGCUCUACGUGGUACACCACCUAUGGGCCUACAAAGAUCUGCAGUCUCGGGAGGAGACUCGAAAUGCAGCCUGGAGGAAGAGGGGCUGGGAUGAAAAUGUCUACUAUACAGUCCCCUUGGUGCGACACAUGGAGUCACGAAUCAUGAUCCCUCUGAAGAUCUCUCCUCUCCAGUGAGGCUGGCACUGUCUCCACCGCCUUCCCUUUCUCCUUUGGAGUAACCUGGAACAGAGGAGCUCCUAGGCCUGCUGGCAUAGUUGUUUCUCAGCUCUGGAAGAAUUCUGAUGGGUUGUGUUCAGCUUGGAAAGGAUGGUGUUUUCUGAGAACUUAGA